AUGGCAUCCCAAGCUCAAGUGAUCCACCAGAAAUUUGACUCUUUUCUCUCCCAGCUUGACAAUGAGCUGUCCAAGUACCCCUCGCUGAACCGCUUCGACAGGCAUCUCCCUGUGCCGAAGUCGUACAUCGCCGUGGGUCUCUUUGUUGUCUUCACCAUUCUCAUCUUUUUCAACAUCUGCGCCGGUUUCCUUACCAACUUUAUUGGUUUUGUCAUUCCGGCGUACUUCUCCAUGGCCGCCCUUGAGACCCCGCAGCCGCAGGACGAUGUGCAGUGGCUUACCUACUGGGUCGUGUUUGGCUUCUUCACGUUCAUCGAGUCCUUCGUGAACGUGAUCCUGUACUGGUUCCCCUUCUACUACACGUUCAAGACCCUUGCCAUUGUCUGGCUUGUGCUUCCGCAGACCCGGGGUGCCAAGCUCGUGUACCACAAGCUGAUGCGCCCCGUGUUUUUGUCUCUCGCUGGUGGCGGCCCCAAGGGCCCCCCUACGAUGGCUACGAGCGCUUCUUCCGGCCUGCACACGCAGUAA